UGUGCACCUCUCUCUUCCAAUGUCCAUGCAGCCCCCGCAGGGGGCCCUGAGCCCAGGAAUCCUUCAGAGUAUUGGUACUAAGCAUAUACCUAGUUGGGGGCCCUACUCUUCAGUCCUCUGAACCUGGAGACAAAGGGACUGAGGAAAGUACCAAGAGCACCCCUCACCUUCCCCACCCUGUCUCCCAUGCACACUCGUGCACACACACACACACUGCACUAGGGCAGAAGCACACAGGCGGGGACAGACCUGCAGGUAGAACCCCGUUCAGAUGUGCUCUCAUUGGGACAAGUGCACACCCAGGUGGGCACACGAAGGUGCACAUAUACACCCGCCCCCCAGGACAGGGCUCCUGGAAAGGCACGUGUACCCUAAUCUUGUUUGUGUAUGCUGUGUGCUGUCUCCUAGCCCACCUACCUAUCUGCACUUCCAGAUCUUUCUCUGACUCCACACCAGGUCCAAGGCCUGCUGCCUGUUACUGUGCUCUGCCUUUCCACUCUUGUCUCCCUUCCCCUUGGCCAGCUUCCAGGUCAGGCCUGGGGAAUUGAGGGAAUAAGUCAGGAUCUCAGCAGGAGGGCGUGUGCGGGGAGGAGUGGGAAAGCACAGGCCACCACCAGAAAUCCAGCUCAGUCCUCGUCUAUUAAGAGACUGCUCGGUGCCAGCACCCUGGUAGGCAAGGGGAUGCAAAGAGAAUGAGGCCUGCCCUCAGGAGCACCCAGUCUAGUGGGGUGCCAGACAUGUAAACAACUCACCGGGGUGACCAAGGGACAGAACGUUCCAAGUCCUUUAACAGGCCCCGGGAAAGCACCAAAAAUCAUUUUGUCUUGACAAAUGGCUGGGCUGCAAACGUCUUCCUCCCUACCCCCCCUACCCCUGUCCCACAUCCCCUCCCCCCAGCCACAUGCCUCUGCCCUUCUGGAUAUCUCUUCCUGGACAGCUUUCUGCUCACGGGCGCCCAGCCCCCUGCCUCCCGUCUUAAAACAGGAGAAGGAUGUUAGGGUGCAGGAGGGAGACUCACAGGGGGCCUGGGGUCCAGAAAGUGGGGGAAAGAGACAGGGAUUGAGGUUUCCUUCCAAAGGAGGUACGAGGCUGGCUGUGAGGGACAGGGAGGUGGACGGGUCAGAGAAGAGUGGCUCUUCCAGAACCCAGGACUGAAAAAAUCUGGAAGUGAGGGCCCCACCUAAGUGGGAAGAUGAUGUCAGUGGGCCCCUCCCUUCUUUCUUGGAACACCUGGAAGGGGUCCGGGCUGGGGACCUGCCUUCGCUGAUGCCUGUCUGUCCUCCUCUGUCUUCCCCAUCCACACCUUCUCCUGUUUCAUUGCCAUCUUUGCAUCUGUCUUUGGACUCUGUUUGUCUGGGUGCCAUCCUAUCCGUCUCUCCUCUGUCACCUGGGCCUCCUCCCUCCAUCUCUGGCUCUGAUCCCUCUCUGUCACUCUCUCUCUGCACUUCCCUGUAUUGGCAUUCUGUUCCCUUUUCCUGUCCUCAUGGCUCACUCUGGAUCACUUCUGUGUUUAUCUCUGGUCCUUGGCUCUCAUCCUGGUCUUACCUUUUCUCUCCACAUCCUUGUCUGUCUCUGCCUGUCCUCCCUGGUGCUGGCAUCUGCCUCUCCAUCCCUGCAUCCAUCUCUGUGCUGGGUCCUGCCACUUCUGUCUCACUCCCCACUCAUCUUGGCCCCUUUCCCUGCCCAUCUGAGCAGCAGCGUCCCAUCCAGCCCUCUUUCACCAAGUCCCUCUGCCGUGAGUCCCACUGGAAGUGCCUGCUGCUCUCACUGCUCAUGUACGGCUGCCUGGGGGCCGUGGCCUGGUGCCACGUCACCACGGUGACCCGCCUCACCUUCAGCAGCGCCUACCAGGGCAACAGCCUCAUGUACCACGACAGCCCCUGCUCCAACGGCUAUGUCUACAUCCCCCUGGCCUUCCUGCUCAUGCUGUACGCCGUCUACCUGGUGGAGUGUUGGCACUGCCAAGCCCGCCAUGAGCUGCAGCACCGUGUUGACGUGAGCAGUGUGCGGGAGCGCGUGGGCCGCAUGCAGCAGGCCACGCCCUGCAUCUGGUGGAAGGCCAUCAGCUACCACUAUGUCCGCCGCACCCGCCAGGUCACCCGAUAUCGCAACGGAGACGCCUACACCACCACCCAGGUCUACCAUGAGCGCGUCAACACGCACGUGGCAGAGGCCGAGUUCGACUACGCGCGCUGCGGCGUCCGCGACGUGUCCAAGGCGCUGGUGGGGUUGGAGGGCGCGCCAGCCACGCGGCUGCGCUUCACCAAGUGCUUCAGCUUCGCCAGCGUGGAGGCCGAGAACGCGUACCUGUGCCAGCGUGCGCGCUUCUUCGCGGAGAACGAGGGCCUGGACGACUACAUGGAGGCGCGCGAGGGCAUGCACCUCAAGAACGUGGACUUCCGCGAGUUCAUGGUGGCCUUCCCGGACCCGGCCAGGCCGCCGUGGUACGCCUGCUCGUCGGCCUUCUGGGCCGCGGCGCUGCUCACGCUGUCGUGGCCGCUGCGCGUGCUGGCCGAGUACCGCACGGCCUACGCGCACUAUCACGUGGAGAAGCUCUUCGGCCUGGAGGGCCCGGGCUCCGCGAGCAGCGCAGGCGGCGGCCUGAGCCCCAGCGACGAGCUGCUGCCGCCGCUCACCCACCGCCUGCCGAGAGUCAACACGGUGGACAGCACGGAGCUCGAGUGGCACAUCCGCUCCAACCAGCAGCUGGUGCCCAGCUACUCGGAGGCGGUGCUCAUGGACCUGGCGGGGCUGGGGGCGCGCUGCGCGGGGGGCGCGGCCGGCGGCUACGCGCCGGCGUGCCGCUACGGCGGGGGGGGGGGCCCGGGCGUGGCGGGCGUGGCCCCAUACCGGCGCAGCUGCGAGCACUGCCAGCGCGCCGUCAGCAGCUCGUCCAUCUUCUCGCGCAGCGCCCUGAGCAUCUGUGCCAGCCCGCGGGCCGGCCCGGGGCCCGGCGGAGGGCCGGGCUGCGCGGGCAGCCGCUUCUCGCUCGGCCGCCUCUACGGCUCGCGGCGCAGCUGCCUGUGGCGCAGCCGGAGCGGGAGCGUCAACGAGGCGAGCUGCCCCACGGAGCAGACGCGGCUGUCGAGCCAGGCCAGCGUGGGGGACGACGAGGACGACGAGGAGGAGGAGGCCGGGCCGCCGCCGCCCUACCACGACGCCCUCUACUUCCCGGUCCUCAUCGUGCACCGGCAGGAGGGGUGUCUGGGCCACAGCCACCGGCCGCUGCACCGCCACGGCUCCUGCGUAGAGACCUCACUGUGACCUCCUGCCCCUGGACGGGUCUGCCGGCCUCCCCCUGCCCCUCGAGGACUGUGCUCCCUGCGUGUAGCAGGGGGAGUCGCCAUGCUGACUGAGGCUGUGCUGGGCACGACGGGGGACGUGGUGGGCGGAGGCAAGGGUGCGCGGGACAGGCCCGGAUAGGGGCGCGAGCCCCGCCUUCCUUGUACACAAAGAGAUAGAUGGAGGAGGGUGGGGUUGGGCAGCCCUGAGAGCAUCCCACCCGGCGGAGUCGUCUCUUCCAGCCCCGCUCCUGCGUUCCUAAGGGGACACCUCCCCUUCCUACAGCACACUUGAAGUUUCCCGUCCAGCCUUUCAACGGAUCUUCUGACUGUUAUGUGGUGACUGUGCGGUGGGACCCACGUUGGGCCUCGUCUCAAGUGAGGGGUCCUCGCUGUGCAGCUGGGGAGGUUUAGAGGCCGUGGGAAGGGAAAUUGGGGCUUUCCUUCCUCCCUGCCUCGCCCCACUGGGCCCUUUCUUUACUGAGAGGGCAGUGGUUUGCUGAACAGCAGGGCUGGCUUCCAACCAGCUAAUGAAUUCAGUGGGUCUGAGGCCGGGGCCAGGUGUCAGCCCGGAUACUCCAUCUCAAAACCGUGGAAAUGUUGCUAUCCUCUUCUUGGCGCUGGCCCCAAAAACCGGGGUUUCCUUUCUGCCACUCCCUCCGCUGUUGUUUAUCUCGCUGGGCCCCGGGAGUCCGGCUUCUGGAGGGAGUGUGCUCACCACACAGACGUCACUCCCCCCCGCCCUUCCCUCCGUCUCCCUGGCUCUGAAGAGCUGUUACCAGCGGGAGACGGGAGUGGGGAGGCAAAAUGUGGAGGGCAGUGUGUCUCACUCAGUCCCUUCUCUAAACUGCAGCCUCUGGGCAGCAGCCUCCUGCUCUGGGUUCUGGGAGGGCACUCCUUUCAGAGAGGCUGAGAUACCACCCAGACAGGACUCGCUAAAGCUGGCCGAGGUGAAUGACUGAGUGGGGAGGGUGGGAAACAGACCUGGGUGACAACGAGGAACACUGGAAACAGGUGGGAGUCAAAGAGGAGAGGGCAGGGAGGGUAGAGUGGAAGGACCUCCAGAGGUGGGGGUGUCUGUGGGGGGCGGCCCUUGCCUCCCCGAGACUAGUGGGGAGGAGUGGAGAGUGGUGGUCCCCACACAUUGCCUCUGCCGGGCAGAGGAUGGUGUCACAAGCAACACCUGGAGGAAUACUCAAUUCCAGUGGCAGGGUCAGAGGCAGGAGUUCUCUCAAUCUUGCCUGACUCCUCUGUCUUCCCCUAUCCUGUGAGCUGAAGCCCUGCUGUGUGUCCCAGGGUCUUCAUAGGGGCAUCCUGCCACCACCCCAGGGCGCUGGCCCCACGUCCUGUUCCUCUAAAGCUCUCAUGCCGCCCUCUCUCCCCCAUGACUCCCACCCUGAUGUACUUCCGCGUGCAUGUCUGUGUAAAACCCUCCUGCCCUCCCAACUCCCCUGGCUAAAGUUUUCCCAGCAGACUUAGCACCCAGGGAUUGAGCUCACAUUUCAAGCUGGAGAGGAUAACCCUUGGGCCCCCAAGAUAUUGUUCAGCCCAGAUGCUUCUCACUUCACCUGAGCCGACAGAGCUCCUCUUCCUUCCCUCAGCCUCUCCCAUCUUCCUCUAGCCUAGCCAGCCUGCAUCUACUGAGGGCGUGGCGUCCACCUAUGCAACAUCUCCUCUGGCUCCUGUGCCCUCCUUCCCGGGGGCACUUGGGAGGCACAGAUUAUGGGGACACCACGGCCUGUGGCCAUCAGGGGUUGAGCUUUACUUUGAUGUGGAGAUAGCUGAGUGGAAGGGAAAGGAGGCCGGAGAAGGGGAGUUUGGGCAGGAGGGAACAGCUGCCUAUGAGGUUUCUGGGCAGCAGUGUCCACCUGCCUGCCAGCACUGAACCCGCCUGGACCCUGAGUCUGUGCUCCUCAGGGGCCUGGCGUUUGGAGCACCCCUCUUUCCUCUGAAUGGACAUCUGUGAGGUACAGGUGGUGAGCUGUGGCCUCAGGCCCCUCUUCUUGGUCAGCUGGCACCUGGAGAUCAUGCCCUUGUGUGAGGGCAGCCUGGCCACCUCAUGGCUCCAAGGAGGGAGGAACUCAGCUUCUCCUCCCUCAGGCCCAUUCCUGGGACAGCCUGAGCUGGGAGGAGGGGAAGGGGGGCACCUAUUAUUAUUUUUGCCUGUAUUGACCAUUUCUGCCUAGGUCUUGUCACACAGACAGCCUCACCUCCCACACACGCACAGACUUAGAGAGAAACCACUUCUUUGGUCUAUUUUCUUGAUAGCUGUAUUGAUUGCCAGGGAAAAAUGAAAACCAGAAAAUUAAUUAAUCUCUAAAAUUAAACUUUACACUGAAUGUUCUUGUUUCUCUAAUUAGAACCUCUGCUAGCAGCUGUGGCUAUGUACAUACACACUCACACCCUCACACCUACACGUUAGCACUCUGGAACUGUCAGAGGGUGUCAGGCACACACAGACUCUAGGUGGCCCGGACAGGCACAUACGUGCAGUCACUCCCAAGCCCCCUUUGGUGCUCUGCUCAGCGCCUGCUCAUUGGAAGGAGUCCCUGGAUAGCAGGCGCCCCUAGGCUGUGGUUGCAGCCCAUGACCCACCCUUUGGAAACAUGGGUUUGGAGGUUCUGGGCUGCUCAGCGCAAGGAGCAUGGAAGAUGGGGCUCCGCGUGAAUCCAUUAGUCAGUCUUCGUGGCCCUAUGGGUUGAUGUGAUUCCUGUGAGUGUGGCCCCAGGGUGGGCAGCUGCAGAGUGACGGGGACUUGUGGAGGGUACCUGGAAAGCUCCAUGUGUCCUGGGGACAAGGGCUUGUGGGGUGGGCUGGGCCUGGCUGGGUAGAAGACAGGUCUCUGUCAAUUGGGUGCAUCACACUGUGGCCUUUCUGUCGUGGAUUUCCAAGCGCAAAGAUUGUACAAAUCAAACUGGUGGAUAAUAAAGUUGCGGAUGACUCAC